AUGGGUUCCAAAUCCAAGUCCAAGGCGACGGACUCGACUUCUGUCGAGACGCACAAGAUCACGCUCAAUGGCGAAGACUUCACCGAGGUCAAGGAAGGCCUCGGCCGCAUUUUGACCCCAUUCUCAGCACCCAAAGCCGACGCGAAGGAUUCCAAGAACGAUGAAGAAUACCAGAAGGUCUUCUACAACCCCAUCCAGCAGUUCAAUCGCGACUUGACGGUUCUAGCUAUCAAAGCCUAUGGCGAGGAGGUUGUCGCGAGACGGCGCGCAGCCUCUGAGAGGAGGAUCAAUAACAACAAAAAGAAGCGCAAGAGGGAUGACGCUGAAGAUGGGAGACCGCUAAAGCACGAGCGCAGCGAACCCGCCGUGGCAGGCGCAAGCACAGAAACGGACCAAGCCAAUGGUAGUCCUAUGGACAUAUCUGAGCCCGUGAAGGAGCAAGAGGCAUCGGGUAGCUUGAAGUCGGCGGAUCAGCCAGGGCAGAGUGCGGAUCAGUCAGGGCAGAGUGCGGAUGGGAGUGGGAGCACGGAACCUGGCGCCCAGUCUACUGAGACCAAGGAAGGAGGUGAACAACGAGAGAGAAAACUGCAGCCCCCCAAAUUCACCAUCCUUGAUGCCCUAUCUGCGACCGGCCUCCGCGCGCUGCGAUAUGUCCAGGAGCUUCCAUUCGUCACGUCCGUUACCGCCAACGAUUUGACGCCUGCAGCCGUGGAAGCCAUCAAGCGCAAUGUUGAACACAACGGCGUUGAGUCCAAAGUCAGGGUCACCCAAGGAGAUGCGCGGGCCCACAUGUAUUCCUUGAUCGCGGAGCAGCUGACGCUAGAGCACGAAAAGAACCCGCGAGGGUACCGAAAAGGACCCAACACGCCGUCGGGAAAAUACGACGUGAUUGAUCUGGAUCCAUAUGGUACCGCGGCAACCUUUUUCGACGCAGCCGUCCAUGCUGUACGCGAUGACGGUGGUAUGCUGUGCGUGACCUGCACGGAUUCUGGGGUCUGGGCUUCACACGGCUAUCCUGAGAAGGCAUUCGCGCUCUACGGCGGCGUUCCUGUCAAGGGGUUCCACUCACACGAGGUUGGUCUGCGCCUGGUGCUGAACGGUCUGGCCACCACUGCGGCCAAGCACGGUCUCACCAUUGAACCUCUGCUCAGCUUGUCGAUUGACUACUACCUAAGGGUCUUUGUUCGGCUUACAAAGUCCCCGGCCAGUGUCAAGUAUUUGGCAGGCAAGACCAUGGUCGUAUACAGCUGUGACCAGGGUUGUGGUGCUUGGGAAACGCAGUUGCUGGUGCGCAACAAGAAGGUGCAGAACAGCAAGGGCAGCGGCGUGUUCUACAAGCAUGGCCUGUCACAAGCCCCCUCAGCAGAUCAGCAUUGUAAACAUUGCGGUACCAAAACUCACCUCGCAGGGCCCAUGUAUGCUGGUCCUCUGCACUCGACCGAAUUCAUCCAGCGUAUCUUGGCAGACUUACCGAAUGCAUCGAAGGACGUCUACGGUACAACGACCAGAAUUGAGGGAAUGCUGCAAACAGCACUUGAAGAGUCAGCGCUUCCUCCGCCACAAGAUAACCUAGCAGCCUGCAAGGAAGAUGAACUCGCUGCCCUUGAGCCAUAUCCCUUUUAUCUUCACCCAACAAUGCUGGCAGGUGCGAUUCACUGCAGCUGCCCGGAUGAAGAGAGCUUGCGUGGCGCUUUGCGUGGACUAGGCUACGAGGUCACCCGAAGUCACUGCAAACCCGGGAGCAUAAAGACCAAUGCGCCUUGGGAAGUUAUUUGGCAUGUUAUGAGAGAAUGGAUCCGCCAGAAAGCGCCGGUCAAAAAGGAGAACAUCAAAGAAGGAAGCGCUGCUUACAGGCUUCUCAGACUUGAUCAGGAAAGCGCGGGCGAGAAGGACAGCACCGACAACGAGGUUGACAAGCUCGAGGUUGUCUUCAACCAGGCAUUGGGUAAAGAUAAGUCGAAGAAGGGCUUGGUCAGAUAUCAGGUGAAUCCCAAGGAGAACUGGGGACCUCUGAGUAGAGCCAAGGGACACUAG